AUGCUCUUGCGGUUGAGGUCGCUAAUCGCCAUCGCGGCAUUAUUCGUUCGCCUUUCGAGGGCCGAUGACUUGACUAUCUACACCGACAGUGCUCUGGCGUCUGGCUGGGAGAACUGGAGCUGGAGUUCGACCAUCGACUUCGCCGCCAGUGAUGUAUUUGAGGGCACCAGCAGUAUUUCCGUUACCUCCGACGCCUGGGCAGCUCUGUCUUUCAAGCUGAGCACAGGGAACUUCAAAGACUACGCUGGUUUGAGGUUUGACAUCUCGGGAGCACAACCGGCACUGGCCAUCUACUUUGAUUCAGUCACAGAAAGCAUUACCUCCCCCUCGAUCCAGCUGUCCCAGAUUAGCCAGUCCAUCACUCCGGAUGGAUUCACAUCUCUUCUCAUUGACUUCAACAACUUGCCUGGCAGCGGGGGUCAAUUGGGCGACUCUAUUUGGGAUCGUCUCAGCUUCCAAGCCCAAGGGGACGGUGCCACAUACCAUAUAGAUAACAUUGUGUUGGUUGAGUCUAUCGUCAUUGAGCCCAAGUUCCUCAGCGCGGAGCCAUUGACCAAUGACAUCGUGGCCAUCACGACAGUCGGCGAUGUCGACUUCAGCCAGGUCGCGGUCAAUUUGAACGGACAGAACGUGGCAUUCACUACAAAAUCCUACAGCCCGGUAGAUGCGCCAGCCAAGUCGAUCACUUACCUCACAUUGGCGUCCCCAUUCGCCGCUGGUUCUUUGACCAUCACUGCCGGAGAUUUAACUUUUAACUAUACCCUUCCUGCUGUUCAAUAUGGGAGCAUCGUCCAGAGCGUGAAUUACCCCAUCAACCCACAUAUCUAUGGUGUCAACUUCCCGCCAACCGCCAGCUACAUCAACCACUUGGGUGUCACCCUUUCACGAUGGGGUGGCAAUGCCGUGACCCCCUACAACCCAUUUGGCCAUUUCACCAACGCAGGAAACGAUUGGUACUUUGAGAACAGAGCCAGUGACUGGGGAUCUGCCGAUGAAUGGGUUGGAUGGGUUAGUGGAGCUGGGUCUGACACAAUCUUGACUGUUCCUGGUCUCGACUGGGUUGCUAAGGACACCACUUCGUACUCGUACCCUCGCACGAUUUACCCAGAUCAGCAAGCCUUUGACCCAUAUAACUCCGAUGCUGGAAACGGGAAAUUCUCUAAUGGAUCUAUCAUUUCGCCCCCGAUGAACCAAAGCGCGGCGUACACUCCUUGGAACGCAUCUCUGGCACAACAAUGGCUCUCUAGCCUGCAAAAUAUACCUACAAUUCUCGCUUUGGACAACGAAAUUGAAAUCGCCCAUAGCACUCAUCAAGAUAUGCACCCCGAACCAGUGAGCUACGAUGAAGAGCUCGAAAGGAUGGUUACCUUCGCCAAGGCUUCGAAAGCAGCUUUGCCCAAUGUUGCUGUCGCUGCCCCUAUGACUUGUUCGUGGUGGUUCUACUGGACCAGCGCCAUUGGAUGGACCGAUACUGAGGCCCAUGCCAACACCGACUUCUUGCCGUGGUUCUUGCAAGAGAUGAAGAAAGCGUCCGACACCGCUGGAAAGCGUCUGUUGGACUACUUGGAUAUCCAUUAUUACUUCCAGCCAGACACCAGUGCAAACGAUGCUGCUGCCAAGGCUCUGAGGCUGAGAAUGACACGCAGUCUCUGGGACAAAACAUACGUCGACGAAUCUUGGGUUGGCGAAAGCCCGCAAAACCACCAAUGGGAUCCCGACCGUGUUCAACUCGUCCCGCGUUUCCGUACUUUGAUUGAUAUCCACUACCCAGGGACCAAGCUGGCCAUCAGCGAAUGGAGUUCUACGAAUGACCAGGAUAUUACGGGCGGUCUCGUUACUGCUGAUGCCCUCGGUAUCUUCGGCAAGUACAAGGUAGAUGCCGCGACGUACUGGUACCAGCCAGACGAAAUGGGUCCUGUUGGCUUGGCCUUCUGGUUGUACAGAGGCUAUGGCGUGUACUUCGGCAACAAGAGUGCUCAAGUCAACCUUGCUACAGCCAACCCCGACACCGUAGGUGUCUACGCCGCCACGGAGAACAACAAAUUGUCUCUUGUCAUCAUCAACAAGGACACGAAGCCCCUUGCCUACGAUUUGUCCAACGUUCCAUUCGGUUCAUACUUCCUUCGUCACUUUGGAGGUAGUUCCGGCGUUGCCAAAUGGCAGACGACAAUCACUCUCAAAGCCAACAACUACAUUGUCGUUCCUGCUUACACUGCCAUCUUUAUCAAACAGCAGUAA